AUGAGGCGCCCAGAGACCGCCCCGCCCCGCCCCAUGGGAGAACAGCAGAGAGCCGUGCCGGGGAGCUCCCCACCUCCAGGGCCAGCACCCAGACCAGCGACAACCCCACCCAUCCCCAGCCCCACCAGGGCACAGAACCACCGCAGAGAUCCCCGAAACCACAAGCCCCCACACAUUCCCAAGGCAACUCAGCGCAGCCACAACCCCAAGCCCACCAACCCCCUCGACGGGGAAACCGCAGACCAACGGACACACCAUGACCCACACUGCACGUACACCACCAGACAGAAACCCACUGCAAGCACCUCCCCCCACCAACUCCCACCGCCAUGCUCCACCGCUCGCCACCCCCACUCGCCCGGCCCCAUACACAGGACCCACAGGGAGCCAGCCAAGCGCCGAGUGCCACCACACCUGCACAGCUGCCAAAAUCACCACCCACACGCAGGCCACAGAUGGCCCGGAUGCUGCCUGUGGCCGCCCCCCAACACCAUGCCAUCAAUCAACAUUCACAUAAUCGAUUCUCCGACACCCGUCAAUCGCAUCAAAAUCCCCCACGCCCGCACCACAAAGAACCAAGAAUCGAUCCCCCCUCCCACCCCCAGACCCACCGGAGCAGCGAGGUCGCAAACAGCCAUCCCCACCGAAUGA